GAAAUGAAAGAUUUCCUGGAAAAUAUGAUGCAAGUUGUAAAUAUUGUAAUGACAGAAGUUCACGUGGAAGUCCUCAAUUAAUGGAAGAACAUUUAGCUAAUAAUUGUGCAAAUGUGCCUGUUGAAGCCAAGAAAAUUUAUCUGGAAAUCGUAUUGAAUAGACAUCAUCUAGAACAGGAAUUCAAUUAUUACGGAAAAGAUUUAUCAGAAAAAGAAGUCACAUCUAAAUGUAUUUUAUCAUCAAUGAACUUGGGUGAAGGUUUUGAAGAUGAAAAUGAUUUUUUAACUGAUUAUGAUGAAUAUGAAAAUACCGAUUUGGAUGAUGAUGAUUUAAACAUUGAAUUGGAUGACAAUGUUACUACUUUAAAAAUUGAAUAA